AGAACUUACGUAAUGACGCAGCAGAGAGACGUCGGAAACCCAAACAGAGGUUCUUCUCCGGGUUAAGUUAAGCGUUUUUCCAUUUAAUUUGGUCACACAGCCGUGUGCCGGUGCCGUGUAGCGGGGAGAUGAAGCCUCCGGCCCGCAUUCGGAGCAAACCGAACCGGCCCAUACCGACCGACGGACCGGGCAGGCUGUCGUGCAGGUGGAACAAAGCAGAGCAGAGGACGCUGCGAGACGCGCUGGAGAAGCUCUCCAAAACCGCCGAGACAGACGCUGAGAUCGACUACAGCUUCCUGGGAAAACGUCUUCCGAAGCGGUCCAUUGCAGAGAUCCGCUCUGUGUUGGAUAAUCUUAAAGACAAGGCCAUCACCAACGCCGCCGUUAAGCUGGGAAAGAGGAGGAGAGAUGAGAGGGCCGCCAGAAAGCCCAUCGAAGAUUGGGCCCUCCUGGCCUCCAGUCUGGCGGGAUCUCUUGAAGAAACCAUUGAAACUGCUUUCUCUCAGGUCCUGAGCGUGUCCUCCACCGAGCCCUGCACUCUGAAGAACUGUGACCCACCCAGAGACUUCAAAUCCCCCACAAGUUUCGGUCCUCCUGUUCGCAUCGUCCCUGUGAAACCUGCAACUCAUCCUCCAACUCGAGUGUCAUCUAAAUCUCCAGCACUAUCGACAGGUCCAUCCAGAACAUCUUCUGCAAUAACACCAAAGAACGCUGUCUGUCCAGCUCAGAAAAAACCUGCAUCAGGUGAAGCCCCGCCCACCUCUGAGAUCCACACCACCCCGCUGCCGUCAGAGGACAACCCCUCAGCUUCUCCGUCUCCGUCCGCCCUCGGCCACCCCUCUUCCUCCGCGCGGUCCGACUCUGCAGCUGGAAAAGCGCAACAUCCUCAAAGGGUGAUGGAGGUGAAGCAGAUCGUGGACUUUGAGAGGAUCUACAACUUCCUGAGCGUGAUCCAGAAGCCUGAAGAGGAAAGUCGCCUCACCUCCAUGGAAAGUGCCAUCGUGUUGGACCUGUUGAUGUCCCUCCCAGAGGAGCUGCUCCUGCUGGACCUCAAAGGCCUCCACAACCAUAUGAUGAAGAUGUAUCGGUGUCUGACGGCGCCGAUCGACUCCUUGUCCGCCACCCAGCUGCUGAGUGAACUGAAGGACGGCGGCUGCACUCCGGCGGCGGAGCAGAGGGGCGAGGCGUCCGGCGGAGCGGCUGCAGGGGAGGACCAGCCUCCAUCUGGGAGCUCCUCCGGCCAAUCACAGGACUCCAACAAGAGCAAAACCGUCCCCCCCCUCAACCCCUUCAUGGUGCCGCUCAGCCUGUUGGUGCGUCAAGCAGAAAGUACCAACUCAGAGAUCCACAGGGGGGUUAGGUCCAGUUUGUUUUAGACUUAAGCUCCGCCUCCUUCCUCUGUGUCUUAGUUCCAGGUUUGACCUUCUAGAUUAUUAUAAUUGUUUACACAUGUUUUAUAAUAAAUAGAAGUCCAGAACAAUAUAAAGUUGAAGCAUUUCCAAAGGUUAUCCCAGAGUAUUUAUUGAUUGACUUGACUAUAUGUAACAUUUUGAUAAGUGAUUUUUUUUUUUUUUUAAAUAAAAGGGUUGACUUUUCUUACAGUUUAGCAUGUGUUUUGUUUUGUCUUCACACUGCUGUGACCCAAGGAACCAAAACCUUUCCUUAAAGUGAGGAGUAGUUGAGCAGGUGGAGACCAGCAGGGGGCAGCAGAGAUCUGAACUGGAGAACCAGCUUCAGUCCGCUGAAAACAUCUGAAGAGGAACUGAAAAUUUAAGGUGGACUGAUCCUCCAACAACAGCAACAGGACGGCACUUAGAGUUAAGUUGAGUAAAAACUAAAAAUAUAAAAAA